AUGACGCCCACCUCCGAAUUCGACGUCGGUGUAGAGCCUGCUGGAUCGGAGUGCCCCUUCUGCAUAAUCGCAACCGAAUACCCGCCUUAUGACCCUAUCCAGCCGCCUCAGGACGACGCAGUCCUCGACCCCAACAGGCUUCCGACGCCCGCCUACGUCGUCCUCUCGACCCCCACUCUCAUCGCCUUCCUCGACAUCCUACCGCUAUCGCGCGGUCACCUCCUCCUCUGCCCGCGCACCCACCGCCCGAAGCUUACUGAUGCCUCGCCCAACGAGUCGGCUGAGAUGGGCCGCUACCUGCGCAUUCUGUCCAGAGCCCUCACGCGCACCACGGGUGUCGAGGACUGGAACGUGGUGCAGAACAACGGCGCCGCCGCCGCCCAGGUCGUCAUGCACAUGCACUUCCACCUAAUACCCCGCCCCGAGAUCCGCGCGAGCGGCCGCUACAGCGAGAGCUUCACCAUGUUUGGCUGCGGUCGCAGAGAGGAGCUGGACGACGAGGACGCCGAGCACUUUGCCAAGGAGCUGCGGGAGAACGUGGCCGACAUCUUGAGAGAAGAUAAGCACAAGUCCAAGCUUUGA